AUGUCCCGUGCUCUCGGGGCCGCAUUUCUCAACCAUCAAGUUGCCGAAUUGGAACGCAACGCCGGCAACCAGAGGAACAAGGCUUCCCGGGGACGAGGCGGACGAGCUCGCCGUUCAGACAGGGACCGAGACGACUAUGAUCCCGACUUUGACCGUGCGAGGACCAAGGCCACAUUUGGAAUUAACAAUACGCCCGUACAAGACGACUCGUGGAGGCGGCACCCCCAGUCCAGUGACGAUACCGCUUCUGAGCCUGCGUCCCCGCCGCGGUCCCGUAUCCCCCUCGGGGGAACACACCAUAACAAGAACACUCCCCUGGCGGACGUCAUUGUUAUCGAUGCGAGUGUGUUGAUCUAUGCUCUUGGAGCUGUCCAAAGAUGGUGUCACGAUGGUCAAACUCAGGUUGUUAUUCCACUCGAAGCUCUCAAUACACUCGACGUUCUAAAGUCCGGCACGAAUCAAACGGCCGUUCGCUCCCGAGCAGCCUCUCGUGUUCUCGAAGAGGAAGUUGGCAACAAUCCUCGCAUUCGUGUGCAGCGGGACGAUGCAUUUGUUCCCUGGGACUCGAUUGCCGCCAAAUCCGCUACCGGCGGCAACUCAAUUCCGAACCAACCUGACUCGCGCUGGAAGGUCGAGGGCGCUGGCGCACCCGAGUGGAUGAAGCGCAUGGUGUGUUGCGCCAAGUGGGAAGCCAGCGCUGGCAACCCAGAUGGAAAGCGGGUAGUUUUUGCAGUUGUGGAUGCCAAGGACGUAGCCGCGUCGGCUGGGCGGCACGAUAAUCUGGUUGAUGGGGAGCUUGUCAGCGAGUGGUCCACCAAGCUCGGGCUCGAGGUUGUCAAGGUCGAUAAGGAAAAACCAACUGGUAGUCCGACCAAAGGCGAACGCCGCACACGUGGCGGAGGGGGUGGAGGUCGUUCGGGUGGCCCCCCUUCCAGUGGGCGUAGCCGUGGCCGCGGUGCGCUGGUUGAGAAACCUACGCCUGCGAUUACAGCACCUCCUGCUGGCAAGGUCAUCCGUGUUCUGGCUCGCGGCGAAAAGCUCGAGCCCGAGUAA